AUACAGAUAGGGGUACUAAUUGAAAUAAACCCUUUUUUAUUAAAACAAACUUAGAGGGAAGGUAAUGCGUAAUGAUAGUUGCAAAAUUUAGAGUCAAUAAAAAUUCUUUGUAAUUAUACUAUUUUGAAGGGGUCUAGAUGUAAUUAGUCAAUUAAACAACAGACUCCACCUUUGGGCUACUUCAUUUUGCACUGCAGUAGAAUUUUCUUCACAAAAAUCGCUUUAAGAAGAUGAGGAUUUCUGCAAUAGCGCCUCCUAUUCGUAGAGCAAUUUCUGCUAAAUCUUCUACUUAUUACGGUAUUUUUGCUUGUCCGUUCUCUUUAUUUUCUUUAAAUUUUCAUAGCCUUAGACUUUUUUCACCUAAUUUCAAAAGAGAUUUGAGCUGUGAAACUGAAGUCGAUGAAGCAAUUUUCUUGUUUCUUAAAAUGGUGAGAAUGCGGCCGCAGCCCCCCAUUUUUGAAUUCACCAAACAACUAAAAGUUAUUGUCAAUAUGAAACAAUACUCGGUUGCCCUCAAACUGUUCGACGAAAUGCGUGAACUGGGUGCCCCUGUAAAUGAGUACACGAUGAACAUCUUGAUUAAUUGUUGCUGCCAUUUGAAGCGUGUAGACGUUGGUUUUGCUGUCUUCGGCAUCUUCUUUAAACACGGUUACGAGGCAGAUGUUGUGACAUUCACCACUCUUCUAAAAGGGCUCUUUUUAGAUGGUAAGGUGGCCGAGGCGGAGAAAUUGUUUAAGCAGCUUUUGAGUUUGAGACUUUGCGAGCCCAAUGAUUUUACGAUUGUUACUGUGAUAAACGGGCUCUGCAAAAAUGGACAUGUUCUUGCUGCGCAUGAUUUGCUUUUGUUAUUGGAAACGACUAUCUAUAAACCCAAUGUUAUGGCUUAUAAUGCCGUAAUUGAUGGCUUAUGUAAAGUCAGAAUGGUGGAUAAUGCACUCGAGCUGAAGUGUAGAAUGAUUGAUAAGGGCAUUUCACCUGACGUUGUCACAUAUAGCCCGAUGAUUCAGGGCUUGUGCGAUUUUGGUAGAUGGAAAGAGGUGAAACACUUGCUAGAUGAAAUGGUCAACCACAAGAUUUGUUUAACUGUUGUUACUUUCAAUAUAUUAGUGGACUCAUUUUGCAAGGAAGGAAAUGUUAAAGAGGCUGAAGAUGUUUUGGAAAUUAUGAAGCAACAAAACAUUAGUCCUGAUAUUUUCACAUACAAUGCGUUCAUAGAUGGGUACUGUUUGCAAGGGAAAAUGGAAAAGGCGAAAGAGGUAUUUGAUUCUAUAACAGGCGACGGCCUUAAGCCAUGUAUUGUGAGCUACGGCAUUUUAAUCAACGGAUACUGCAAGAAGGGUAAAGUUGAUGAAGCUUGGCGUCUUUUCCUCGAAGUUUCUUCGAAAGGCUUAGAACACACGACAGUUACUUAUAACACCAUGAUACAUGGAUUAUUUAGUGAAUGCAGAAUUGCCGAUGGAUGGAAACUAUUCAACGAUAUGGAAGCUCGGCACGUACAUCCAGAUUUACAUACUUGCAAUAUUUUGUUGGAUAGUUUGUGCAAGUCUCAUGAGAUUGCCGAAGCAUUUUCGUUUCUACGGGUGAUGGAAGACAAAGGAUUAAGUCCUAAUAUAAUCACAUACGGUAUCUUGAUUAAUGGUUUGUGCAAAGAUGGGAAACUUGAAGAUGCAAAAAAGCUUUUAAACGAACUUCCUUCGAAAGGUUUGCAACCAAAUUGUCAAGCGUAUACCAUUGUUAUUGGUUCACUUUGUGAAGAAGGAUUUGUAGACGAGGCAAAAGAUUUGCUUGUGAAAAUGGAAAGAAGCGGUUGUGCAGCGAAUAGCGUGACAUACAACAACAUAAUCCAAGGUUUGCUAAAGAGGAAAGAGGUUUACAAGGCCAUGCCAUUCUUAGAGGAAAUGUAUAAAAGGGGAUUCUCGGCCGAUACAGCUACUUCGUCCAUGUUAAUUAAUCACCUGCAAGGAUUUCAAAAUGACGAUGUUCUUCUUGAAAUGAUUAAGAAAGUUGUACCGAAAUUAUAAAUUAUUUAUUUUAGCUUCUGUAAUAAAAUAAAGUUUUGCUAUGGGAAAAUUACAAUUAACAU